GGCGGCGGUGCGGUGCGUACCCCUUUAAGAAGGAGCCGCUCGAGCGCUGACGGUUGGGAUUUGAAGUUCUUCCUCCCUCUUUGGAAGUCUGGACGGAUGGGGGGUGUUGCCCUGGCAACGGCACCCCCCCUUCCCCUUCUCGCGGACGCCCCGACGACUCUGGUCCUCUUUCCCCGUCAUGUGAUGGACUCUUCCCUGCACACUGACACUCUUCGCCCUUCCCACCUCGCCUCCCCGUUCAGUUGCAGUUCUGUCUUCCUUUUCGGUUUUGAGAGUAUUUUAGAAGGGCUUUAUGGACCACGGCUACGAAGAGACCUCAGUUUAUUUGAAGACUGUGAACCAGAAGAGCUGACUGACUGGUCUAUGGAUGAAAAAUGUUCAUUUUGUAACCUACAGAGAGAAGCAGUCAGUGAUUGUAUACCAUCUCUUGAUUCUUCACAGUCAACACCAACAGAGGAGCUAUCAUCUCAGGGCCAGUCCAACACUGAUAAGAUUGAAUGCCAAGCAGAAAAUUAUCUAAAUGCACUCUUUCGAAAGAAAGAUCUUCCUCAGAACUGUGAUCCUAAUAUUCCCCUAGUUGCUCAGGAAUUAAUGAAAAAGAUGAUACGCCAGUUUGCAAUUGAGUACAUUUCAAAAAGUGGUAAAAUUCAAGACAAUAGAAAUGGUUCAAUUGGACCAAGUCUCAUAUGUAAAAGUAUUCAAAUGAAUCAAGCAGAAAGCUCCCUUCAGGAAGAGCAGGAAGGCCCCUUAGACCUCACUGUGAAUCGAAUGCAAGAACAAAAUACUCAGCAAGGGGAUGGAGUGUUAGAUCUCUCUACAAAGAAAACCAGCAUAAAAUCUGAAGAGUCAUCCAUAUGUGAUCCUUCUUCUGAAAAUUCAGUGGCUGGUUCAACUGUUGAUGCAAAAUCAGAGGAAGCUACUAAAAUGGAAAAAGGAAAAUCAGCAUUAAGCAAAGUUUUGGAAUCUUUGUGCAUACAUCACCAGCAACAAGUUUUGGCUAUGUUGAAAUUUCUAGUCCAAGAGCAGAAUGCUACUUCUCUUUGCUGUUGUAAUGCAUCAUGUGCUGUGUCUUCAGAAUCUCAAAAGCCCCUAUUUGAAGAUGAUAUACAUAGCCUAUUCUGUAGUUAUGAAUAUAGACUGGCAGAAAGAGGGUGUUUACAAAAUGAAAGACAAAGUGCUGUUUUAGUGCCUCUGCCAGUCUGUAUUAAAGAAUUACUUUGUUUAUCUUGCCGUUCUGUAACUGUUGAACACAUUAAGACAGUAAUGAAUAGAGGAAUUGCAAACUCCUACAAUUCUCAUAGGUGCUAUUCUCAACUGUUACCAAACAUUGACUCUACGAAAUCACCCUUUCAUAGUCCACUUUUGUCAAGAGAAGUAUGUGAUCUUUCAGUCAGUCUUAAAGAUGUUUGCAGAUCUCGAAGUCCCUCACCCCCACCGUUAUCACCUGUAGAGAAUGAAGGAUUUGAAAAAUUGAAAGACGUCAUCUCAGAGUUUUCAGCCUUAGAAAAUAACACAUUUGAAACAAACACUAACCACCCUCCAUCUCUAACACCAGCAGAAAUAAGCAGCAGCAACAACAGUGAUCAAGAAGGCAAAAUACAUAAAACUGAAAAAUCCAGCAACUCUGAUUCUUUGCUUUCAGAUGCCAGUAAUAAUUGUACUACAAAUCAUGAAAAAGGUGAAACUACUGUGAUUUUUCAAGAUUUAAUGGAUCGUAUUAAUGAAAAAUUAAAAUCAAUAGAAACCACAGAUGUGACAAAUGUUGUAAAACUAUCUAGCAAUGAAUAUAGUACAGCUAAUGAUUUUAAAUUGGGAGAUUUAAUAACAUCUCUCUUGCAUAAUGCAAAGGCCAGUGAUUAUAGUUUUAUGGAAUUACUGAGUCAACAUGAUAAAAAAAUAGAAAAUAAAAUUGUUCAGACACGAUUUCGAAGGCGUCAACAAACUUUAUUUGCACUGCACAACUCUCCUGACUCACCCAUGAUUAGAAGGCAGUCCUUACAGAUAAAAAGAGAACUAGCUAGAUUUGACGAAAAUUUUAUGAGAAAAAAAUACUCUGAAAAAAAUUCAAGGAAAUUGGUGUGCAAUGAUACAAUAUUGUCAUCAGACAAGGAAGAAUUCCAUCAUUGUCAAGGGCCUUCUUUACAAGAUUCUAAAAGCUUUCAAGAUAAAAAUCAUGCAGAAACAUCAUUUUUACCAAAUUAUGCAUUACAGUCAUUGCAACUACCUUAUAAUAGUUUAGAAACUAACUUGGCUUUUAAUGAAUUUUCAGAAAACCUUGAAACAACUUCACCUGAGAAAAUUAAUAUCAAAUCACAAGAAAAGUCUGCAGCUGGAAUAAAAAAACUGGAAGAUAAUAGGUACAAUCCAAAAUUAGAGAAAAUUCAAACUCCCUUGAGAAAUAACGUUCCUGAACUUUUGAGCAGAACUAAACGAAAUAUUGUACCCCCAGGAUGGUAUUCUAUAUAUGUGACAAAUAAUUGUUCUUUUAAAAAAUCACCUAAGGCCAAAAGAGUAUCUGAAUCCACACAAAAUAAAGAUCCAGUGAAAAAUGUUCACAUUGAAAGCUCACAAAAUAUAGACCUAAACAAAAUUGCAAUGAAUUCUAAUUUACAGGUUACUGUGGAGCGUUUGGAAGAUACAAUAAAUAAGACCAAAAAGUCUUGGAAUAAUCAGCCAUUAUCAGAAGGAUAUAAAGCACCCAAUAAGUUAAUAGAAAUUGAUGGUAAAGAUGAAAAUGCUGGGAGAAAUAUGAGUCUUACGUUGAAUAGAAUAAGUAAAGAGCAAGGUUUAUCAAAAUGUCAGACCACAUCGAGCAAUAUUAGCAAGUGUCAUUUGGUGCCUACUGUGGAUUCAAAUAACAAAAGGCUUGAUAAUUCAGAAAGGUCAUCCAUUUUAGAGACAGGUUGCUUGACUGCCAGUGUUGAAAGUGUACCAACAAAAUGUGAAGAUAUUGAAAGCUCUUUUUCUAACUAUGCAAGUCCUAUCAAACUCAUGUUUUUAUCUGAGAUUAAAAGCAAUGAAGGAAUCAAAUACACUUUAACUUCAAUUGGUACUUCCCAAUCAAAUGUUGAUCAUCCUUCUGAAAAACGUGCAACCCUUCAUGUAACUGGAAAAAAAAGAGAAACAAAUGAGGAUAUCUCAAAUGCUAACUCUGAAAAUUACAUUUCUAAUCAUGAUACCGACACAUUUCUUAGAGAACUGACAAAAUUUAACUGUGCAAAAGAAACUGUAGAAUCCUCCACAUUGUUUUCAGAUGAUUUGAAUAGUGAUAAACCACAAGAACCUCUGGAAAAUUCAAGCAGUGCUGUUGAUUCAUCUUUUAAAAGAAAACCAGGUAGACCUAAAAAAAUAGGCCCUCAAGUUGUGAAACAGAUUAAACGACCAAUUGGAAGACCACCGAAACCUAAAAUUGAUCAAGUGGACAUCUCCAUUUGCCAAAAUGAAUCCUUUUGUGCUGGAAAGAAAAACCCAGAAUCUCUCAUAUCAGAAGCAAAAGGUAUUUAUAAAAAAACUAUUACAGUAACUGUUAUUUAUGGAAGGUCAAGAAGAACUAAAAGGCAUGUAUCUGAAGGAAGUGUAAACAGUAGCAAUAUUAUGUCAUUAAACAAUAAUGUUGCUGAUUUUUCAGCUGACUACAGUGGUCUUGGAAGCCUUACAGAAUAUGAAAUUGACUCAGGUCAAAGGGCUGGGUCUAGCUUGACUACUGAAAGAGAGAACUUGCGAUCUAGCUUUGACUAUGUUAGACCAGUCAGGAACAAGUCUGUGAUACUUCAGCCUUCCAAGAACAUUGCUCAACCAAAUCAGAAACCUUCAACAAUUAUUAGGAAGCCUGGUAGACCUGCAAAAGUGAAAAUAUCUGGCAUAUCUGUGACUAUUAAUAGAAUUUCUCCUCAGGAAAGAGAAGUAAGUAUUAGCAGCUGCUUACCUCCUUUAGAACAAGAGAAUACGUUAGAAAAAACUCUCCCUGAAGAAAAAUAUGAUCAACAGUGCAAUAAGGUGGAUAAAACAAGGCACACUGAUGCUGACAUUUUAAAAAAUGGAUCAAAAAGUGUGGUUGCUCCUGUACCUUUGAGACAUUCUAUUAGGGACAGAAAGCGAUCUCUGCACUUCUUACAUUCAUUAGCAACUUCUAGUUCACUUAUUUAUAAAAAUUCUCUGCUUCAUAGAUCAUAUAAACUCCAUUUAAGAAAAAGCAAAAGCCUAAAGAAAAAAUAUAGGCAGUCAAGGAUAAAAAUAGCUUCCAAAGAUACCCCAGGAGCUAGACAUCCAAGGAAUGCAAACAAGUAUUUGGAAGAUAACAAAUUAAUACCAAUUUCUGAAGUGUCUUUAGAUCCUAUAAUAUCAUCAAAUCCUUUGCUCAGGUGGUGGGCUACUUCUGCUUCAAAUGAUUCUUUAUUAGAGGAAUUAAACAAUAGAUUUGAGCAAAUAACAAAUGCUUGGGUGCAAGUGAGUGGAGAUGAAGCUGAAAGUUUUGAUCAUAAAAAAAGAGAAUACAUUGAAAAUGAUAAUUUCAAAUUAGAAAAUCCUUUGGAAACUUGUCUUUUAGAACUUGAAGUUUCACCUGUAAAAAUGCUUUUUCAGAAAAAGUAUGAUUUGAAUGAACUUUGUACCUGGUUUAUGCAAACAACAGAAACACAGUCUCUCUCACUAGUUAGAAAAGCAAAUGCUCGAAACCCUUUGGAAGUAGUAAAUACCAAGGGAAUUAAGUUGGGAGCCAAAUAUUGUGAUUUUAGUACUAGCCCCUUCAAGAAGCACUUUAAAAAAUUUGCACUCUCUUCUCCUUCGAAAUCAGCAGGGAAAUUGCAUGUACUUCAUAAAAUGGUUAACUCUCCCCUCUUAAAUGUGAAAAGUAAUUUAACGCUAGCUAGGUUGAAAAGGACUGAGUUUAAGAGGUUGCACCAUGAAAGGUGGAGAAGAGAGAGAAAACUGCACAGCCAUGGAACAGUUGAUUGGAACUCCAAAAGGAGGGACUUAAGAUGUUUUUACCAGAACCAAUUUUUAAAUAAGACUGAGGAGGGAAUAAAUGCUGACAUUCCACUCCAUGGAAAAGGCACAGUAGGUAACCAUUGUACUUUCCCACCUGAGAUCAAGGGUGACUUUUUUCAAGACAGGGUGGCAAUGCCUGACUUCAAAAUGCAUAAUAAUGUAGAGAAUAAAGUUAAGUCAAAAGUGAAGGAGUAUGGAAUAAAUUGUAGCCAAAAAGAUUUUGAAAAGGGAUCAAAACUAGGAAAUGUAUGUCCAAAUAAUUGGAGGUCAAAAUCUUUAAAAGACUGUAGAAUAUUUUUGAGGAAGAUUAACUAUCUUGAACAUAGAAAUACUUUUAAGCUAAAUACAAUCAUUUACUCUCCUGAAUCUGUUAACAGUGAAAGUAACCAUCAUACACAUAUAGAAGGAUCAAAGCACUUUACUUUAAGAUCUCAUUCUGCUAGGCAAAGUUCUUUUAAAAAGCAAACUAAAGAAAUAGAAAAUAGUACAGCAAAUAAUGCUUUAACCAAUAAAUUUGCCGAUCAACAUAGCAGUAAUAAGUUAAGCAAAUGUAUAAACUUUGACAAGAAUCCUUCUGAUAGUUCUGAAGUUCUUAGCAAAUUGAACAAAAGAAAAAGACCACCAUGGAAGACCACAGAAAUGUCAACAAAAAGACAUAAACGGCAGUCUUGCAACAGUGGACAAAUGGCACACUAUUUUUCAAAAUCCCAACUAGCAUGCUACAAAUGAAAACUGAUGAGAAACUGAAUUUGUCUGAUGGGAAUACAGCAAGUUGUCCUUUGAGCCCUAUUAAGAUGUGCCUUAAUCAUCCCACUGAAUGGAAUUUGAAUUUGACAGCAGCAUCUCUAGUGAGCUGUACUGUUCAUAACCAAAAUCUCAAAAGUGAAGAAAUAUAGAUUGCAGUUCUUAUUUUGUAUGUGAAUAUUCUUUCUGAAUACGCAUUUACCAAUUGAUCUUGAAAUAUUUCUAGUCCUGUGAUGUCUUUAUAUUAAAUCAUGAGCAUUAAUCAUUUUUAUUAUAUUCUUUGUAUUUUUUUACAUGUUAUACACCAGACCGUUGUGGAAUUUUGCAGUAGAUUUUGAUGUUUCUCUUUUUAAUGACACUCUGUGAAUUUUUUAUGCUCUAAGUUUAAAUACAUAAUCGUCCCAUUUUUCUUCUGUGCACAAAGUUUUAAUAUACAACACAUUAUGUAACUAGAAAACUAGUAUUGUAAAGAUUUGUGAUGGUGACCCGACCCAUGAACAGUUGUCUAACAGAGGGAUACCAACUACCUCGAAGCAAAUGGGUAAAAAGAAAAGGACAAAGGUAUCUCUUGGAAGCACACAUCUUUCACAGUUAUAUAUGUAUAGAAGAUCAAUCAAAAUUUAUCAUCAGCAUGUUUCCACUCAGACGAACUGGAGUCCAUCAGUUCUCUUUCUCCAUAGGCACAAUUGCAUGUUUACCCUUCAGCAAAUCUGUGCCUCUAGGUAGUUUUACAAGAACAAUGUCUGGUUGCCAUAAGUUACCAAUUUUGAAUGAAAAAUGGAAAAUGGAUUUACAUUUGUUUUUAUUGUAUUUUAGCCAAUUAUUUUAAAGUUUAAAGAGAUAAUUUAGAAACAGGAUGAUAUUCUUUAUUCUAAUAGUGUACAGCAUAUCUUCAGCAUUGGCUAUGUGACUUUGUCCAAAAUUUGACUAGUAAAAAUAUUAAAGCUUUGGUGCUUAAAUUUGUUUUUCUCUGCCAGAGAAAGCAAACUUUGGUGUAGUGGUCUAUAUACAAACAUGGUUCCUUUCCUUCUGGAUAGUUUGGCCAUGUGCAAAUGGAGUUUGUUUAUUGUGUCUAAAGACUUACAGCACAUUUUAUAUACCGUUUCAGUCCUUCUUUCUUCCUACCCCCUUCCAAAAGUUAUCUUUAAAAUGGCAGGGAUUUGUCAAAAGAUAUACAGAAUUUGAAGCACAGGAAAAGAAACAGCCAACAGAAUGAAGAACAAUCAUGUUUUUCACUGAUUUAUAUCAUUACCAUAUCUGCCUUUUCCUUUUGCUUAAAAAGCAUUCUUGCUUUGAAACUUUUAUUGCUUUUAUAUUUCUGAGUUCUAUAAAGCACAGAUAUGUAAAUAUAGCAUUUGGUUCUAAAAACCAGCAAUAUUACUUUAGCUCCAUCUUAGAACAUUACCUUAAUAACCUCUAGUAAAUAGAUCUAAAGAAGCACAAUUAACUAAAACAGAUCCAUGUUAGGACAUUUCCAUUCUAAAUAAUAAAGAGAAAAGGUAAUCAGAGGGAUUCAAAAGAUGAUAAAUGAAAUUGAUACUGAAGAAAAAGAGCUCCCAAGUUAGAAUAGUAAGACUUCGUUUCCCACUAAUAUUUUUCACAUAAAAUAUUUUGUUAUGCCAAAACCAGAAAGCAGCUUCACAAUUUAUAUGUGGAUGUCUAACUCAGUAACAUUCACAAACAAUCAGUCCCAAAUAUAAAUAUUUUAGAAGAGAUACCCAUAUAGGCAGUGAUACCAAAAACAUAAGAUUGCCAAAAUAACUGUUCAACUUGGAUAAGCACUUUGGUUCAUUAUACUAAUCCUCCUCAUUGGUAAUAAGCUCCUUUCUGACCAGUUUGUGAUAUAUAUUUUCCCUUGAAAUGCCAAUGUGUUCUGAAGCAUUUUCUUCUAUGUUGGAUCUGCUUCAUUUUAAGUGUAAGUUUCUCAAAUGCAAGCUACUACUUAGUUACACUUAAAAAGUUUUCAUAGUGCCAUGAUUUCAUAAGCAUCACCUAGGAAGCCUAUUUAAAAGCAUAUUUCUAGGCCCACCUCUGUUCUGAUAAAGCCAAUCUGUGUGGCUGAUGCAGAUGAUCUUGGACUAUACUGAUAGAUGUGUCCUAAUGUUUCAUUGAGUAAAGGCCAAAGUCAGGUGACACUGCACAACAGAAUCUUCAGAAAAAAAUAGGCUUUUUCUGAAUUUGAUACAAACAUAACUUUAUUAAAGCAAAGAAAUGAACAUAAAUUUAAAGGAUUCCACCUCCAUUAUCUCUCCUAAUUUAUAUCUUCAUUGAGAAACUGUGCAAGGCUAAGUUUACUUUUUUCUAGUGCUGCUGUUUUGGCUCGUCUUGGUAAUCUCAUCUUCAUUUCUGAUUCUGGUUCUGGAAUCUCAUGGUCACUAUACAGAUGUUGAAAAUACAUCAGUUUAGAUAAGAGCUUUAAAACUUAUUUAUAAAUAAAACGUUUUGUUUCUGACAUUCAAUCAGAGUGCAAUUGAUAACUAGAUUCCACUAAGCUUCAACUAAAAUCUCAAACAAUAACCAGAAUACAUUGGUGAUUCAACAAAGUGAAUCAUGGAAAACCCAGCUCAUUUUUCACAUACUAUUGAAACCUGAUGUUAUACAGGGAAAUUAAACACUAAAAUUUUGUAAUGAACCUUACAAAAUUUAGCCAAGACUUAAUCUAAAGAUACGUAGUAAAAAUAUACGCAAUAAACAGAUUGAAUGCAAGACAGCUACAAACUUUUAGUUCCAACAGUAGCUUAACUGACAGAAACUCAAAAUAAACACUGUUUAUCACACAAACCACAAAUAUAUUCAAAGUAUAGACAUAAUUGUUCUAUUUCCGUAAAUGCAGAGAAUUCAGAUGUUACCUAAAUCAAGAGUUUGCUAAUUUGAGGAAUCACACAUGUAAUUAGGAAAAUACAUGGAAAUAUAAAUUGAGAGAACCUACUAAAGAUGACUGCCUAGUAAUACUAAAGGCUAUGCCAACUAAUAGGCAAAAGCAUACAAGCCAUAAAAGUCAAACGCUCUUGAUACACAAAUGGAAUUUUAGACUAUGUAUCAAAGUCAUAGCUAUUCAUAGUUUUUACUAUCUUGUUAUAUACUGAGCUUCUCUCACAGAAGAAAAUUAAAUUUUUUUCUACUACUUGACACAAAGAAAAAAAAAGAUAGGCUUCUUUAUAUAUCUAGACAUGGCAUACCUUUCAGAGUCAGCCUCCGUAGUCUGACGUCUCCUGUUUGUCCUAGAUGAUGCUGUCACUUUUCUCCGUCCUUAAAGAUAGUAUGAUUAUGAAAAUUUAUUAUCAGUUGCUUAUGUUUUUCAAUCUAGUUUCCAAGUUGUGUAACUCCUUUUUGCAAUACAAUUCUCUCAACACAUCUCCUUCUUAUUACCAGACACCUUGAUGCCAAUUAUCAGUAUACCACAGAGGAAAAGAAUACAAGCAAGAUUAAAAUGCCUAUUACUUUAUUUUAUUAAGCACUGAUAAUAGGCAAGGAAAAAUACUAUAAGCAAGUUACUAAGCAGCAAACUUUAGUUCGGUGUAUUUGGGUGCAGAGCUAUGGAAAACAUGUUUUAAAAAGUACUUUUAUUAUGGCUAUAGUACACUGUACAUGGAGAGAUUAAUAAAACAAUGUUAGAAAGGUAGGUUAAGCUCAUGAACAGGUCAUGAAGAAAUAGAACUUUACUUAAAUUUUUCUUUAAGACAGGAUCUCACUAUCGGGCUCAGCCCCAGCUCCUGCCUCAGCCACCUGAGCUGAAGGGACUACAGGCCUGCACCACUUGCCCCACCCUGAAAUAGAAAUUUAAUCAGCAAUUACUGGCUUCUUGUAAAAUAUUUAAAUAUCUUUACUGCCAAUUCAAAUAUGUGUUCUAAAAUAUACUUCAAUAUAAAAACUAGAGCAUUUUAUAUUCUGGGAGUUGCAAAAAUUCCACUUGCUAGAAAUUUAUAAGGUAAAGAUGACAAAAUCUGGCCUGUGAUGUUCCUUAUUUAGAAUAAAUAAAAUACAAAAUGUAAAAGUUUGGACUAUUAAAACAAAGGAUGGAAUUCUUAAGGUAUAUUAUGUGACUAAUAGUAAUCUAUGAAAACCAAAUUGUUCAAUUGACAUUUGAAAAUUAUAUACCCUAGAGACCCCUCACUUUUUUCCCCCUCCAUAGCUUACUGAUUUGCCUUUAGUAAUGCAUUUAUCCUUAAGAAGGCAUCCAAUAAUAUGGGAAUAAUUUGGAGCAAUAUCUAGUAACUGAUGUUUAGAUGACUGAUUUGUUUAUAAAACAAUAUUAUGGCCAGAUUCCAUUUUAGGGAAAAAAAAACCUUAAAUCUGCUUAGAAAAGGUCUUUACUAUUUUUCAAAGACUACAAUCAUGGUUGGCUCAUGGGGUGGGAUUUUUAGUGUUCUUCAUAGUAGUUUGCUUGGAUGUACUUUCUGAUUCUUCUGUAAUAAGCAUGUACUACUUUUGUAACACGUAAAUAAUAAAACAAUAAAAAAAUCUUGAAUUCAAAUUUUUUUC